GUUAUAUUCCUCUCACGGCGUAAUGCUGAUAAGUAGAUAUGUUCUAAAUUUCGAACAGAUUCAAUCUUUAUUCGGGGAUUUAUGAGCUGUUCGGUUGUGCAAAAAAUUGCGUUCAGUGUUUAAGCUCGCUGAAGAGAUCGGGACAGUUUCUAUCCAGUUUUGGGAGAGCAGUUCCCUUCAGCUGCGGAGUUUCCUGCUCGCAAUUACUAUGGCAGUAUCGUAUAAUGUUGUGGAUAUAAUCCAGGUAAGUCAGGCUUGGUUAUAUUUUGGUUUAGGAAGGACGCCAGAAAAAUCCCUCAAAACGUGUACGCGAGGUAGAGGAAGUAUUUGAAGUGACUGCUGGAUAUGGCAAAUUUUCAUGCAUAAUUUGAUAUAGGCCCUGGGACUUGAUGAUAAACCGAUAUUUGCAUUGUGUUGUGAAUGAUAGGGUUGCCCGAAACUGUCCUCGGUUAUGAAACUAAAAUUGAAGCGGUAACUAUUUGCUAUAGGAAGUCUAGAUUUCCUACGGAGGAUGAGCAUGUUCCAUUUGGUCUUGAACUGUAGUGAUGCUUGUGUAAUAUUUUGAUUCAAAAAGAUUACAGAUGUAGAGAUGGAGCGUGAUCUAUCGAAAAACCUAGAUCGCCUAUCAAUUAAUGAUCCCGUCGGUGGCUAUGAGGAUGAUGACGAAGAAACUUUAUCUGACCCGAAUGAGCAAAGGGAAGACUUGGAUCUGGACAUGAGUGAAGAACGCGUACAAGUCACCGCGGCCUCGAAUGACGAAGUCGCUUUGACAGAGGAGCAGCGGCUAGAAGAAAACCGAAAGGCCUGGGAAACUUACUCGCUUGUCAUUUCUGGCACGACGUCGGUUUCGCAUCCCGACGUCUACCGACCAGCAAGCGGCCGGUCCUACAGUGAAACAGACUUCGCUUAUUUGAGAAAUACCCCGCAUCACAACUAUGCACGAGAUCGAUCUCCCAGUCCCAGUCAAGGUUCUACUCGUCGACGCAAACCCUACGACUUUGACAGCGAUCGGUUUAUCUGCGGGUUUUCAGAAAUAUGCGGAACAUUUAGCGGCGCCGAUGAUUUAGGCUACUGCAAGCGAUGUGGCAUGAGAGUUCAAAUAGUUAACGAAUAUGUGGAGCACAUCCCAGGUUCUCAGCAAGUCCCCCAGAAUGCUGAUCUAGGUCAAUCAGCGUCAAAUCCACAGAUUAGAGUGAGAAGAGCUCUUGCCAACUACAGAGAUGGGCGCGGCCCCACAAUCUGUCCGUCAAAACGACCACCUCCACCUUGGGCAUGGUCAGAGCCCAAAGUUAGUGAUGCACCGCGCCGUCCAAGCUAUGGUUGGACGUCGUCCAGCCGUAGGGGCUCUUCGUCGUCACUCUUCAAAUUCAUUCAAGGCUCUUCAUCGUCGCCGAGAGCCCAUGGUGGCUCUUCAUCGUCGCCGAGAGCCCAUGGUGGCUCUUCAUCGUCGCCGAGAGCCCAUGGUGGCUCUUCAUCGUCGCCGAGAGCCCAUGGUGGCUCUUCAUCGUCGCCGAGAGCCCAUGGUAGCUCUUCAUCGUCGCCGAGAGCGGCCCAUGGUGGUUCUUCCUCGCCGUCCGGAGCCUAUGGUGGUUCUUCAUCGCCGUCGGGAGCCUAUGGUGGCUCUUCAUCGCCGUCGGGAGCCUAUGGUGGCUCUUCAUCGCCGUCGGGAGCCUAUGGUGGCUCUUCAUCGCCGUCGGGAGCCUAUGGUGGCUCUUCAUCGCCGUCGGGAGCCUAUGGUGGCUCUUCAUCGCCGUCGGGAGCCUAUGGUGGCUCGUCUUCGCCGUCGGGAGCCUAUGGUGGCUCGUCUUCGUCAAAAGCCUUCGCUACGUCAUCAGAAAGUAGAGAAAUUUUCCCGACUUUAGAUGACCCUCACGCGAGAGCCACGAGGAUGGAGGAGCUGUACAGUGAUGCUUUAUGCGCGUCGCUUGGUGAUUACAGACCGAAGGAGCGGAGCGCUUCGGAUUCGGCUAUUAAAUUUUUUGUGGACGAGCAUGUGGCAGGUGGCAUCAGAGCGUUGCGCCGGAAGUUUGGUCAAAAAUAUGCUAAAAAGAAAUGAUGGUUUACGAUCAUCUCGAGGCUUCCGAACACAGCACGUACGUGCGUCAUAAGUAUCUUUCAUUCCUAACCGAUAUCGAUUUUAAUGACUAGCUUUGCUUUGAGUAACUUGAAACUACUAGGUGAUAUUUCUGAUCAUCGACUUGCAGCACAUCGGCUUUUAAUUCCCCUCCAUUUUAUUCCGGACUUAGUUUCUGUAAUAAUACAUUGACGGUACCUGA